AUGUUCAAUUUUAUAAGGGUAACCCUCUUCCUGGCAGCUACCGUAAAUGCGGCGUUGAGCCCUGGCUCACUAGACUCGGACCUCUCAAUUCUUAUUCAUAAUGACCUUCUAGAAGGGAACAGUACCUUGGCUGGAUCAGGAGUUCUGCUUCUGGAUUCAAUGCCAUUGCAGAAAGCCAUUGAGACCUGCCAUAGCCUUGGGGAAACUCUGUGGUCAUACCAAGUAGGGGGUUCAGAAAUCAAAAAUGACUUAGACUAUCUCGCUUUCCAGGGCAAAUACAGCGAGAGCCAAAGAUAUUGGAUCGCUCCUGUCCACAACACACCCUCAACGAUCAACGCGAAUGGAAAAGUCCAAAGAGCUUCUGCAAACACUCACCUCCCAGCGCUUUGUACCCAAAGUGCCCCAUACUCCGAUUCUGACAGCCAGGAUACGAGCUCGAGAUGGCAGGUCUCGGUUCAUUCUAACAAUGAAUACCUCACGGGGUUUCGAGAUCGAGUGAGCUUCCGCUUCCUCGGUAUCCGAUAUGCUCCGCAGCCUAAGCGCUGGACCUACUCCCAGCUAUACGAAGGAACUGGUGAUGAUGUCUCCGCUCUCGACUACGGUUCCGAAUGCCCACAGAGCUCCAGCGGAGCAGAGGAUUGUUUCUUCUUGAAUAUUUGGACGCCAUAUCUCCCCAAAUCCACCCAUCCAAAGAAAGAAAACUUGAAGCCUGUCAUGUUUUGGAUUCAUGGUGGUGCUUUUCAAACCGGAACUGGAAGUGACCCCACCGUUGACGGGGGCAACCUAGCAUCAAGAGGUGAUGUAGUGGUAGUCACCACGAACUACCGUCUGGGAAACCUGGGAUUCUUGGCUUUAGAUGAUGGGACCACAAACGGGAACUACGGAUUGGCGGACCAGAUCAUUGCACUUGAAUGGGUGCGACGCAAUAUUCGGGACUUUGGUGGUGAUCCGGACCGAGUCACUAUCUUUGGACAGUCUGCUGGUGCAGGGUCAGUUCGAGCGCUCUUAGCCUCGCCAAAGUCUCGCGGAAAGUUUGCAGGUGCUGUCAUGUUAAGCAACCUUGGAGGCGUGGGAUAUGGAACAACAUACUCCGAGUACUACAGCAUCACCGAAGAGAUGGAGGUUGUGGGGAACGACAUUUUGAGCGAAACGAAUUGCACAAAUGCUAGCUCCAGGAUUGACUGUCUGCGCGAACUUUCUGCAUCCACUAUCAUCAAUCUCAGCGCUAGUGCCAGAUACCUCGUUGUCGACGGAGAGUAUCUCCAGGCCCCCGAGCUGGGCUUAACAAACCCUAGAACUACUGCAAAUGUUCCGUUACUACUGGGCACGACCAGGGAUGAUGGAGCAGCGUUUAUAGCUUAUCCAUCAGUUAACGAAACCAUCCAAGAGUUCCUUAACGCAUCAGAUCUCCCCUCAAACGUCGUUCCAAGUCCUCUUUUCCCCAUUCCCUCAGGAACAAAUCAUACCCUCGACAUCUUCAACACCUCAGCCCGGAUAUGUACAGACGGUGUAUUCCGCUGCAUAGACCAAGCAACCGCAUACGCAGGUCUAAAAAAUCACAUCUUCCCAUCCAUCUUCUUCUACGAGUUCAACCGCACCUAUCAAAUGCCAGGCUGGUCACCGAAUCCACCACUGUGUCAAGCUCCCAUCACACCAGAGUUCCCGUAUGGCGAUCCGAGCUUGGAGUAUUUCAAAUGUCAUUCCGGAGAGCUAUACUAUGUAUUCGGAAACAUCUUGCGUGUGGGACUUCCGCUACGAGAUGACUUCGACUUGCCAUUCGAGCAGUAUGUGCUCGAUUCGUGGGCGAGCUUUGCCCGCUCUGCAGAUCCGACGCCUGAUUUGAAAUUCUUGAAGGCGAGGGGGUAUGUAAAUACGACAAGGGAGGUUGAGAGGACGGGGUCUUGGGACAGGUUUCAAGAGGGAAGCUAUAAGAUGAGGCGGUUGCAGUGGCCAUCGGAGACGGUGGAUUUGGAUGAAACUCUUCAGUGUCGAGCUUUGAAUAUGUCGUUGAGUUACUAUACUACCUAA